CCAGUCUGUGGAUUUAGUCUCUGCUCAGUCGUCUAGCUUUGAUGACUGUUUAUUUUCACUCUUCUAAUAUUUUUUUUUACCAAUUUGUUUAUAAAAAAAAUAAAUUAAUCUCUUUAACUGAUAAAAUUAAACUAAAUACAUAUAAUAAUUAUUUGAGAUGACUAAAAUCUUGAUAUGUGGACCAAAGUGAUUAAAUGUGAAUUGAUAGAAUAUGGAUUAAGUGAUGAACAUCAUACGAGUUGAUCCAUAAAGCAAUGGAUCGUUUAUUUGUUUUUAUAAUUUAUUUAUUUUAUUGUUUUGUUAAAUUGUGUUAUUGUGAGCAAAGAUUUUUAGAAGUACCACUUGCAUAUCAAGAGGUAGGAAGUGGUGAGGAUAUACAACUUGCCUGUAAGGUACAUGAUAAAAAAGGUACAUGUAUUUGGCAAAAAGAUAGAAAACCAGUUGGUCUUCAUCAGGAUAAAUACGAAUGGGCUAGAGGUAGUAAUAGUCUUCAUGAUUCUGACUGCAGUCUUUUAAUUCGACGUGCAUCUCUUGAAUUUGAUGAUGGUCUUUGGGAAUGCCAAGUUACACCUGGUGAUUUUACAAGACAAGAUGCAUUAACAUCACUUCCAUCAAGACUUCUCGUUAGAGUUAAACCAAGAAAACCAAGACUUGAUUAUGGUGGAACAAUAUUAUCAGAUAGUUUAACACUCAGGGAAGGCCAAGAGGUCACGAUUUCCUGCGUUGCCAGAUAUGGAAAUCCUCCAGCAAUAAUUAAAUGGUUCAUAGGGGGUGACGAGGUUGAAGCAUUGCGAGAACAAACAAAUGCAACAGAAGUUGAUAGUCCCAAGACAUGGGCAACACACAGUUUAUUAAGAUUAAAAGGUCAAAGAGAAAAUCAUGGUUUACCAAUAAGAUGUCUUAGUCUUCAUUCAUCAAGUCCACUUCCUGAUAUUGCAGAAGCUCGUCUUGAUAUUCAUUAUUCACCUGAAGUACGAUUAGAAACUAGUCCACGUGUGCUAACAGCUGCACUUGAAGAUUCAGCAAGUUUUAUGAGUAUAAAAUGUCUUGCUGAUGCAAAUCCACCAGCUUCAAUAAGAUGGUUUAAAGAUACAAUUAAUUUAUCAAGACAUAAUAUUGUUGAAUCAAUUGUACAUAAUCAAACUCAUCGUAAUGGAACAUUAAGUGGUUCAGAGGUACGUUUUGAACCAGUUAAAAAAGAAAAUGCUGGACUUUAUUCAUGCAAAGCAAUAAAUGUUAUUGGUGAAAGUGCACCAGCAAAUUAUCGUCUUGAUAUUCAGUAUGGUCCUAGAUUAAAAAUAAAUGGACUUAAAUUAAAUGACAGUGUUGAUGAAAUUGAAUCAAUUGCAUUAUUAGCAACAAGUAUUGAGCCAUUUGAGUGUGAAGAAUUUGAAGCAAAUCCAAGUCCUCAUUAUAGAUGGUUACAUGUUAGAGGAAGUACUUCAGAAUCAGUUGAUAAUGUUAUUAAAGAAGAGUCAAGUUCAAAUUAUGGUAGACGUCUUAAAAUAAAUAAUGUUGUUUGGUCAGAUGAGGGAGAAUACAGGUGUAUUGUUUAUAAUACAAUUAAUGGUGUGAGACGAGAGAUGCCAUCAGAGACAAGAUAUAUUCUUCAUGUAUCAGGACCACCGGAAAUACAAACAAGAGCUAGUGAUAAAAUAUCUGACAAAGGAUUUUUUGAAACGGUUGGAUGGGCUGGUGAACCAGUGCAUACAUUAAUGGCUAGAUUUUGUUCAAGACCACCACCAAAAAUUGUUGCUUGGCAAUGGGGAAGUUCACAUAUUCGUGCAGGUGAAAGGAUUGAGCCAAAAUACGAAGCACUUCCACUCGAAGCAAUAACGGAAAAUAAUGAAGUUACAAAUUGUUAUUGGGCAAAACUUGAAUUAAAAAAUUUACAAAAAGAAGAUGCAAGAAUUUAUAGUCUAUUAGUUGAAUCAGAAAAAGGCAGAGAUUCAAUGAGUCUCAAACUAACUGUUCGUGAUCCAAUGGAAAUAAAAAUAAUAGCAAUAUCAUGUGGUGUUGGUUUACUUGUAGUUUUUAUACUAAUUUCAUUUGCUGUUUAUUCAACAAUCAGAGCAAGACGUAAAAAAUAUAGAAAAGAAGGUGGUAAACAAAAUGAAGAAGACGAAGAAGGAAGUAUUGCUGCUGAUGCUUUUUACUCAGCACCACCAUCAAUUAAUCAACAAACUAAAAUAUCAUCAUCACAAACUAAAGUUUAUACAAGAAAAAAUCCAACAGAAGGUGGCUUAGCUGUUAUGUAUGAUUAUAAUCAAAUUAUAAAACAACCAAGAACACUUAGUCCUGAAGCAUUAACAGUCAGAAGAGCAGCAGCAAUUCUUCAACCAGCUACUAUUGUCUGAUAAUUAUUUAUUAUUUAUUUAUAAAAAUUAUUUUUUAAUUUGUAAAAAAGAUUAAACAAUCUUUGAAUUUUUUUUAUUUUUUUAAUCCA